CACGUAUUGUAUUUGCCUCCCGCUGUCGCGUCGCCGUUUUGAGACUCCCAGAGACACUCCUUAUCUCUUGCUCUAGUCUUUCUCUCCACGUCCUUCCACCCCCCUCGUACUUUCCUCCUUUCAAAGACCCUUCGCCUUCCUGUCACUCGUUCAAAACUGCGGCUUUAUCCUCCUGCCCUUCUGGCUCCGUUUGCGCGUUUGAGAAGGCCGAUUCUGUGUCCCUUCGACCCCCAUUCGCUCUUAUCUGGUCGCCGGCUGGUCAUGCUCGGUCGAUAGUCUCGAGUCCAAAUGGGCAAGUGGCGUUAUGGCGUCGUCCUGGACGCUGGAUCGUCUGGGACUCGUGUACACGUUUAUCGUUGGUUGCGCAAUGCGGCGGCUCGUAAGAAGGCCGAUGUGAAUGACUUGAAAUCGCUUCCCGAGAUCAAAACAAAGGAGGAGUGGGUGAAGAAGAUUCAUCCCGGUGUCUCUUCCUUCGCCGAUCGACCCGAGUCUGUCGGGACUGAGCACCUGGCGGAACUCCUGGAUCAUGCGAAGAGCAUUGUCCCUCUGGAGGAUGCCAGAGAUACCCCGAUUUUCCUACUUGCGACGGCUGGCAUGCGACUCCUCGGAAACCUUGAGCGACAACUUCUUCUCGAUCAAAUCUGCAGCUAUGCCCGCGCCAAUACCGACUUCCUACUCCCCGACUGCGGCGUCCAUAUCCAGGUUAUCCCGGGUGUGACGGAAGGACUAUAUGGAUGGAUUGCGACAAAUUAUCUGAUGGAUGCUUUCGAUGCGCCGGAGAAACACGACCACGGCAAAGGACAUCACACUUAUGGAUUCUUGGAUAUGGGAGGUGCUUCGGCCCAAAUCGCAUUUGCGCCGAACGCCACGGAGACGGAGAAGCACGCCAAUGACCUGACUCUGCUUCGCCUCAGGAAUAUCGAUGGCUCGGUUCAAGAGCAUCGGGUCUUUGUUACCUCGUGGUUAGAAUUUGGCGUGCAUGAAGCUCGACGUCGUUACGUGGAGGCGUUGCAGGCCGCGGCGGGCCCCGAGGCCCUAGAGCUGCCAGACCCCUGUCUGCCGGAGGGGCUGCGCACUACGUUGGACGGCAAGGAUGUUGUGCCUACCUCCGCUGCGGGGCCUUCUUUACUCGGUACUGGCAGGUUCGACGAAUGCCUGCGGCAGACUUAUCCUCUCCUGGACAAGGAUGCACCUUGCUCGGAUCAUCCUUGUCUUCUCCACGGCAUUCACGUCCCGGCUAUCGACUUUGACGUGAACCACUUUAUCGGCAUCAGUGAAUACUGGCAUACGACUCAUGAGAUCUUCGAAAUGGGAUACAAGGAUAAGGCCUACGACUUCAACACAUAUCAAGAGCGGGUCAAGUCUUUCUGUUCGCAGGACUGGGCGUCAAUUGAGGAUGGUAUCCAUCAAAAUAAGUGGGGAAAGAAGGUCGACCAACAGAAGGCCAACGAGGUGUGCUUCAAGGCUUCGUGGAUUAUUAAUAUGUUGCACGAUGGCAUCGGAGUGCCUCGCGUUGGCCUUGAAGAUACCUCGGGCUCGCUUCACAACGGUACUAAAGAAGUCCUGGCUCAUACUAAAGAGAAAGGCUAUUUGGAUGCUUUCCAGGCAGUGAACAAGAUAGACUCAACCGAAGUGAGCUGGACAUUGGGCAAGAUUGUUCUCUACGCUUCCUCACAAGUACCCGCCGAGGCCGAGGAGGCGGCUCUGCCUGUUGGCUUUGGCAGCAAUGUCCCUGGCAUUCCCUCAGACUUCCAGUACCCCAGCGUGGAGUUACUUCCCGAUUCUGAGGGAUUCCACAGUGAACACUGGCAUGAUGCGCUGUUUGAUGGAGACUCCCCACGCCGAAUUCCCGGGAUUCUAUUGUUCCUCCUCAUCAUUAUUGUGGCUGGCUUCUUCCUAUGCGGCCGUAGCCGACGCUCUCGCAUCUAUCUGAAGAUCAACAAUCUGCUUCGUCGUGGUGGACCAUCUCACCCCAACCACCCGAAGAAGCGGAAGGGAUUCGGGGCAAUGUUGCCAUUCUUGAAUCGGAGCGGCGCUGCGUACGAGCGUAUCAUGGAAGAGGGCGCGCAAGAUUUUGAGCUUGGUGUGACCGACUCCGACAACAGUGAUACGGACCCGGGGCGGCCUUCCGAGGGUGAUGCAAUGGGUAUGCGACCGCCGAAGCGAGCAUCUAGUUGGGGAAGCAGCAGCAACACGCCCAGCUUGAAAUAUACACUCGACAACACCUCAUCGGGCACCAUCGGCUUAGGGAUCAGUGGUGGCUCUGGGAUUGCCAUGGAUCGGGCUGGCUUGGUGGUCAGGACCGAAAGCCGAGACCAUCUCGCAGCCCCCAUAGCGUUAGGGCCCACUACUAAUGGCCGGCGGUCGAGAGCCACCAGUCCCACACGGUCUCACCAUCAAAAAUCUCCCAGCAUGAGUCCCCUUGCCGAUGAUUAACGUCGCUGACGCUUCUUGAACUGAAUAAUGCUUCUCAAUUUUCGACAUGUUUCUUGUCUUUCCUGCGUUUGCAUCGCAUUAUCAACCGGAGUUGACUGAUUGGACCGCAAGUGCUAGUGUUUGAUUCUAGCGCAACGCUUCUUGCUUAACCCCCCUUCCGUUGACGGGGAGCUUUGUCUUUCAGGUAUUGCUGUGCUGUGAGCAGCAUAGGCUUUCAUUCUUGGUCCCAUAUUCAACCGUGUGUGCUCUGGAGUACUUUUCUUGUCUUGGUGCUUGCUUAACUGAUCCGGGUGAUUUCGAUGUAUUGGCGGUGUACCACUAGCACUAUGCUACAGAUGUUUUUAAUGAAUAUAGACUAAUACAUUGCUCAAAUUCAAAGGCUU